AUGGACCCCGAGGAAUCCAAUGAGAGACGCGAGGUGACAAGCGCGUUGAUCCGACGCGCAUGUGAUCAAUGUCGCCUGAGAAAGAUCCGAUGCGAUAAGCGCACGCCAUGUUCCAACUGUCGCAGCUCUAGCAUUGCAUGCCGAUCUACCGGUGAAGGCCAGAAGCCGCCAGAGCCCCGGCGGCGAGUUUUAAUCUCAAAUCAAUAUGAGAAAAAGAUCGAUUUGAUCGAGGAACGCCUGGCAAGCAUUGAAAGUACUCUUCGACAGCUAGCGAAAAAUACAUCUCAACUACAAGGCUUCACAGCGCCAAACUCGCGCGAGUCCCAUUUCACCCCUUCGCCUCAGAACUCAACCCCUUCGCAGCCGUCACUCACUACACGGAGCCAUGUAAAGCCCAAGGGGCCUUUGUAUCGGGCGAAUCCUACCAUCGAGCAGCACGAUUCCAGCUCUAGCUUUGAGGGCAGCUCAUCCUUGACUGCCCAUGGGGCCUACGCGAGCGCGUUCCUGGAAUCUGCUGUGUCCAAAAGUUCGCCGCAGGUCUUGUCCAGUCCGAAGAUCAAUGCGGCUCUCUCGUCGCUGAAACAGCUUGUCGGGAUCCAGAACCAACGGCGAGAAGUGGACUUGCAGGGAAGUCAGCCCACCAAGAAUGCGAGGUUAGGUGUGAGACGCGACAUUCGUGAUCUAGAGAUGCCACCUCUACCAGUCGUCCUCGACGUCUUGAGAAAGAUUCAAGAAUCAACACCGGCCUGCUUUGGCGGCUAUUUCCCCUUCCUAAGUGUGAAAUAUUUCACCGAAAAAUGCCGUGAAGUUUACUUCUGCAUAGAGGAUUACUCCGAUGCGGCAUUUGUCAUCACCAACUUUUGUCUCUACACCAUUUUCUACGAAUAUGGCAGUACGGAAAAGGAAGACUCUGUGCGGGAAGAGCUCCAGCACUACAUUGAGAUGUGUCGCGACAACCUGGAGGCAGCGCUUGCCAAUUUGAAUAUCCUGAUGCCUGCAACCCAUGAAUCGAUCAUGGCGUUAGCUGUAGGAGCUAUGCAUGCACUCGAGAUUGCCAAACCAUCAGUUGGUUGGACGCUAGCAUCAACAGCCAUGAAUCUGUGCCAGACACUCGGAUAUCAUCGCCUGAUCUCAAUGGAGCAUGAUCCUCUACCAGUCCAACGCCAAAAACAGCUUCUAUUCUGGUCUGUCUACACAAUUUUGAAUAUGAUGUCCCUACGUCUAGGACGUGCCUCGCCAGUCCAAAAUUACGAUAUCAGCCUACCAACACUCGAUGAGAACGCAAAUGUCGCCUAUCCGUGGGGGCCCGUCUGCAUGUGGUGGACUAAAUUGGCAACUAUCCAAAGUGAGGUUUACCAAUACUUGUAUAGCCCAGAGGCACUACAGAAGCUAGAAAGUGAACGGGUCACACAUGCACACAGAUUAGCUGCUGAGAUGAAAUCGAAAGUUAUGGAGCCGUUUGAGAAAUUCAUGUCGUCCGAUCUCAAAGUAUCCGAGGUCGACCUCAUGUAUCUCACAACUGACAAGGUCAGUCGACUGGCCAUCAUGACUUUGAUCUACCGAGCAAUUCCAGCAUCAACAGACUCGGGCACUGGCGCCGCUUUCAUACCCGAAUGCAUCGAGACAGCCCGGGAAGCCCUGGAAGUCCACCGACAAUGCGUUGCAGCGCUUAACGAGACAGACUAUUUCACGAAAAUAUCCUACACGCACUGGGGCAUCCUCCUAUCCCCGUUCGUCCCCUUCAUCAUAAUAUUCUGCAACAUAAUAACAACGUCCAACGCCGACGACCUCUCCCUACUCGAAGAUUUCAUCGCCUCCCUCCAACCCCUAUGUGCCUUCUCCCAAUCCAUCGAUCGACUGCACACCCUGUGCUCAGUGCUUGGCACCGUCGCCCGUCUUUACUACGAAGCCAAUACCCGGGCCCAGCAAACUACAGAUGAAGACCAAGAUUUUGUCCAGGUCGGACAAGAAUUCGAUGUUUAUCUCAGUGCGCUCGGUCUGGCUCCUCCAAACCCUAUAAAUCCUCCGAACAGCGGCAAUUACCCGAUAGGAAACUCCCAGGGGUAUUUCCAGGCACACAAUCCUGCUAUGCAUGUUAGUCCAGCGGAAUUGUCGCAGCAGCACGUUGGUGGAUUCUCGGCGCCGCUCGAUUCAUCUCAAGUACAGGUACAGGGUUCGGGGACUGCUGUGCAACUGGGGAAUUGGUUCUGGGGAAAUCAGUAUAUGAUGGGGCUUUUGGAGGAGGAUUUGUCGCAGUUUAAUCCGGAAUGA